AUUAUGGAUAGGUUGUUGGUAUUAUGUAAGUAGUGUGGGUAGUACAAGAAGAGCAGAAGCAGAAGAGCAGUGAUGAAAUAAAACGUCCAUUCUGACCAAACACUGCCACCCUUCUCACUGCCAUCAUCAUCAAAGGCUCUUUCUUAUAGGGCCAGAAUGAAUUCCUCUUCCCUAUAGCCUUAAUUUACUGUUAUCUCUCUCUCUUCUUUUCUUCUCUUGUCUUCCUGUGUGUUGAGAUAUGGAAAAUUUGCUGGAUAUUUCACAAGAGGACACCUCGUCCUGUCCAAGUGGGUAUUAACCAACUCAACCGUAUUGAGAUUAUUGAUUAAUGCAAUAGUGCACAUACCAACUCAACUAGGAAAAGGCAAUAAAGUGGUGCAGAUAUAGAGAUAGAGAGAGAAAAGAGAGACAUGGGUUAGGCUGAAAAGCAUUCUUGUUCAAGUUUUGAGUUUGUUGGUGAUGAUGGAAAUGGGAAGCAGCAAGUUUUGGCAGAAACAAGUUUCAGAAUCGUGGCAGUUGCAACAAGAGUACAAGCAAGUCUCAUAAAACCAUUAAAAAAAGUUUAGUGUUUAGUUAAAAGCUGGAAGAAGAAAAGCACAAUAAGGGUCUGAGUCUGGAUCCUCCCAGAACAAGUCACCAUCCUCCUCUAUAUCAUCACCAUCAACAAAACCAAGACCCUCACCACCAUAACCCUGUUCUAAAUCCAAGGCAAUUAGGAGUUGAUGAAGAAGAUGAAGAUGAACACAAUUCUUCACCCUCAUCUCACAAACCCAAUCCUCACUACCAUCAACAACACCAAUACCAAGACCCAACCUUUCAUCUCCCAUUCUUCCAACAACAAUAUCUAGAUAUAGAACCAGAGGCAGAGCAAGAGCCAGAGUCACUUCAACCACCACAGAAACGGUCCUUUUUCCUUCCACCACCACCACCAUACCCUCAAUCUCAUCAACCACCAUUCUCAUCAUUCUCUUCCAUCGAACAUGCAAGAAAAAUGGGAGAAACAACACAAGACAACAACAACACAGGAGGAGCAGGAACAGCAACAACCACGUCGAAGAGAAUCGGAGGAGGAGAAAUCGUGGAAGUACAAGGAGGUCACAUUGUCCGUUCAACAGGACGGAAGGACCGUCACAGCAAAGUUUGCACAGCGAAAGGACCCCGGGACCGCCGAGUACGACUAUCGGCCCACACCGCUAUCCAAUUCUACGACGUCCAGGACCGUUUGGGCUACGACCGACCCAGUAAGGCAGUUGAUUGGCUCAUCAAAAAAGCCAAAGCUUCAAUUGACGAACUCGCUCAGCUUCCCGCAUGGAACCCCACCGCCACGACGCCGCCAUCUUCAACACCACAACAACAUCAUCAACAUACAGAUGAAAUGUUCCACCGGCAAUCCCCGGUGCACGAUGACCCAGUGACCGGAUCCACUAGCCGUAGAGCAGCGGCAUUGGAGCGAAGAAUACCACAACAAUUUUCUUCGCAACAAUUAGAAUUAGAAGAUAAUAAUAAUAAUAACAAUAAUAAUAGCGGGAAACAUAAAUACAGCAAUGCUUCUACUUCCGGUUUUCUUCAAGGGUCAUUGGACACUGACAUUGCGGAUACUAUUAAAUCGUUUUUUCCAGUGGAUACGGCUACGACGUCGUUUCACAGUUACCCACCGCCGCCAUCGGAUUUGCUUUCUCGAACGCCAACCACUCAGCAAGAUCUGCGUCUCUCGUUGCAAUCUUUUCAGGAUCCUAUUAUGCUUAACCAUCAGGCACAGAACCAUCACGUGCUUUUCGCCGGAGCUUCUUCGCUCGGCUUCGACGGCGGUGGAUGGCCUGAGCAGCAGCAUCAUGAAGAACAUGACCAUGGCAGAUUGCAUAGAAUGAUGGCUUGGAAUGCUAAUGCUGUUGAUGGCGGUAACAGUGGCCAUGGCGGUGGAUUUGUCUUCACCGCUCCGACGCCGGCGUUCGGCGGUCACGCUCAGUUUUUUACUCAGAGGGGACCCCUUCAGUCCAGUAACACACCUUCAUUUCGUGCUUGGAUAGAUCCGUCCAUGGCGACGGCGACUAUUGCCGAUCACCACAACCAUCACUACCUUUCGCCAAUGAUCCAUCAGGCUUCUGUCUCCGGUGGUGGAUUCUCCAUACCAGCACGAAUUCAGGGUGAAGAGGAACACGACGGUGUAUCCGAAAAACCGUCCUCUGCUUCCUCUGAUUCUCGCCAUUGAUGGAAACACUGGCAAAAAAAAUUCCAAACUUUCAGGUUCACAGUUUGUGUCGAAGGUGAUUUUUGGAGACAAGUUUUGCUUUUGAUUCGUUAGGAUGGAUUUUCAGCUAAAAAUUGGAAUUAAAGAGCAGCUUGGGUUUGGAUUUCAGAUGUUUCUACUUCAAUUCAAUGGCUUAUUAGCCGUGUGGGAUCCCAUAAAGAAAAUCUGGAGUGAAUUAUUCAUUCAGGUUUUCAAUCCCCCGGUUUGUUGUUCUGUUACUUACGUUUUUCAAGCUUUGACUAGGCUAAGAGUACUAUGUUUGUUUGUUUUGCUUCUUCUAUGUUGAAUUCCUAUGUUAAAAUUUGUAGCCCUUGUAUUGUGUUUUCUUUGAACUGUUCCAUUUCUAGUUUCGACUAGUAAUAUGGAAAAACAUGCAGGAUUAAAUAAGUGAGCUAGUUUGCUCAAAAGUUGUUGUUUAUUUCCAACUUAGUGCAAA